GUGCAGCAGUGAGCUCCACCAGACGGCAAUUUCACGCCUAUGGCGGCUGCCAAAGCAGCGGUUGCAAGUGUUCCGUGUGAGGUGCAUAAGGAUGCGGUGGUGUGCCAAGAGGCCAAGGUGCAAGGAACCCACGGAAUCAAGGUGGGCGAGGGAACUGUGAUCCAUCCCGCUUGCAGCCUCCAUGCGAAGGCUGGGCCCAUUGUCUUUGGUCGCUUCAACGUCAUUGAGGAGCAGGUGGAGAUUGUCAACACCUCUGACCAGCCCAUGAUAAUUGGCGACCACAAUAUGUUCGAGGUGGGCGCGCGGCUGGUGGGGGAGGGCGGGCAGCGGAUGGGGGAUGGCAACAUCCUGGAGUGCCGCGCUUUGCUGGAUGCAGGAUGCUCGGUAGGCAGUGGGUGCACUUUGGGUGCCUGCACCUACCUGGAUGCGGGUGAGAAGCUGCCCGACGAAACGGUGGUGGUGGGGCCCGGACUGAGACACUAUGAGCCUGGGGCGAGGGAGGCUCAUGUGCAGGCAGUCCUCAAGUACAUCGAGGUCUUGAAGGAGACUUUGCCCCGAUGCCAUCACCUGCGCAAGAGCAACGUGAAGAGCUGAAGUUCCCA